ACAUUGGUGUGUCAGGUUCCGUCUCUCACAUGGAAAAAGCAACAUUUUGGUGACCCCAAUGUGAUACUUCGUAUCGAAGAAGAUCGAGGAAAAGCCACCUGGACGGUGAGGAUAGCACCUGGACGGUGAGGAUUAGCCGUGUGCUCAGAGAAUAGUGGAAAGUAGGCCUACGGGGAAUCAGGUGGCAUGGGAAACGUGGCAUUCGCGGAAGAAAAAAUAAUAGUGAAAAGUAUUCUGCAGCUGGCUGCACGAACAGGAAGAUACUAUUCGCCCAGCGGAAGGGGUGUGUCCGAUCGACGGACGAAUUUUUUUCUCCCGGUACAUGGGAGGACAUAGGGACUGAACUAUGGGAAGCGGUCACAAGGGGGAGCCGCGAGGCUUGCGACCUCGCCGGACCGUGGCGGGAGGUCAGGCAGCUGAUGGAGGAAGUCUCAGGGGAGCCGGAGGUGUGUGCCGUCCCCCCGGAGCCGCCCGCCGUGAGCUGCCCCCUCUCUGAGAACUCCGAAAAAUCGAUACCGCUGGUAUGUCCCGUAUCAGACUUGGAGUUCUGGAGCGGAGAGCAAAUUAUACCCUCUGCACCCUUUGAGCCAUGGCCUGCCUCUGACGACGAAUGGCAGCAACCAGCAAGUUUCAACAAGCCAGGACAAGUUAAUCCAGCUGAUGUGCCUUUGCCGGAGGAUCCAAUGGAGCACCAGGAGGGAGCACCACAGAAUCGCCCUGACUUCCAGGAGGAGAGCCACGUGCAGAGCCUGAAGGACUUACUGAGACGGCAGGAGAGCCAGAUGCAAGAAGUUCUAAACGCUAUGAAGCGACUAGAUGGCGGGUAUUUGUUGUUCUUGGACAAGUGGCAGGGGAAGGUGGAAUCGGCAGUGUUAGAAAAUGUUCAUUUACCAGCUGAUGAUCCAUUGCGAUUACCUAGCAUGGACCAAUUACCGGGUCAUGGACAAUAUGCGGAUGGUGCCACUCAGGCAGCACUUCAUCCAAGGAUUUUGCAGCAAACGCAAGGGCUUGCUCUGGCGGCAGUGAAAGAAUUGCCAAAUAUAGGUACCCCUGUGCCACCCUAUUCUACAAUAAAGCAGGAUCCUGGGGAACCCUAUAUGAAGUUUGUGGACUGUUUAAAAGAAGCUAUAGAUGCCUCUCCUAACCUGACUCCAGAGGCAAAAGCUGCUGUGGGGAAAGAUUUGGCCAUGAUGAAUGCAAACACCCAAUGCCAACAGAUAUUAGCCGGUUUGGGAAAAACUGCUUCUCUGGCAGAGAUGGUGGAAGCUUGUACACGGGUACCAAUUAUGCAACAGGAGGUAGAAAAGGCAAAAAUACAUGCUCAAGCCCACGCUGUGGCCUUGGCUGCAGCACUUAAGCCUGCAAUGAAAGGCCGAAGCCCUUCUUCUCUUGGCCUAGCAUGUUUUACUUGCGGACAGACAGGACAUCUUAAAAGAAACUGCCCUCAGUACGCUCGGAGAGGGGGACCUAGUAAUGGCACUAGUCAGUUGCCAGCUCCCCUCAAUUAUUCGCGCUUCGAUGGCACAUGCAGUCAGUGUGAUAAGUAUGGACACCGAGCAGUGGAGUGUCGAUCAAAAUUUUAAAAAGAUGGGACACCGCUGCCGGGAAACAGGAGGGCCAGCGCCAGGGGCUGGGGCGCGAUCACACCACAAUACCAGCCGAGAGGGGGAACAGCCAUGGUUGCUUGUCCGAGCUCAGGGCAGCAACCUCAGGAAGUGCAGGCGUCGAUCUGGCUGUGGAAACGGAUGUCACAAUAACAGACCAGUCUGUACAUGUAGUUCCAUCUACAGUAACGGGGCCCCUAGGGUAUGGAUUGAGUGCGCUUUUAAUAGGCCGCUCUUCUGCUUCAAGACAGGGAUUGUUUGUUUUGCCUGGAUUAGUAGACGCCAAUUAUGCUGGACCCAUAGGCAUUAUGUUGCAAGUCUUAACACCCCCUGUGACAAUUAAACAGGGAACCCGUAUAGCGCAAUUGGUACCCUUUAGAGCAUGUGAUCCUGUAGGAACGAGAUAGGGACUCAGCAAAACAAGUCAAUUCAAUGUGAAUCACGCUAAGCCAUUUAUUACAGAAACAAGUCUCCUUAUAUACGUAACUAUAUUCUAAUCACGUGUCCACGCUCCAAGCAUGGAUUCGCUAAAUGAGUAUCGUGGGCUGUCCAUGUGCUGGAGUCUCACUGAUGAUACGUCCAAUGAUUCACGCCAUGCCAGGACCCCGGUGAUUGUGGAACGCCCCUCUUUCUCACAGCAGACUCUGAUCUCAGCUUCUCCAAGAGGCCUUGAGAUUCCUUUGAGCCUGACUAAUUCAGCAACAAAUCUUUAUCUAUCAAAACCCAUCCACACUUCCCCCUUUCUUUUUCUUGAAUUAGUCAGGCCCCAUCAACCACACGGCGAAUCAUUUUUGAAAUAUACUGCAACACAGAACACGUGAUUAACAACAUAAUUACAAUUACAUAUAAUGCAGUUAAACCUUACUUACUAAGAUCAAACAACUACCUGCCUAUUCUUAAAACCUUAAUUCCGUUAUAACAACCUUAUCAACACACUACUUUAAUAGAUUCAAAGUAACCAGACAAGUUAAUACAAUAUUUUCUCUUAACCUCCUAAAUAUCUAUAACUGCGCAGUUUAUAGAGUAAUAUACUUAAUACCAUCAGCAUAUACUAAUAAUUGAAUGAAUAUCUUAAAAGUUAUCUUAACCUAUUUAAAAGAUCAAUAGCUUAACCUUAAUAUCCCUUCUAAAACUUUAUCAGUUGCUAAACUUAGAUUACUAUGGUAGGGAUAUCUCAUAAUUUUACCUUAUCUAUGCAUUGACUAUCUAAUCAUAAUAUCACCCUUUUGGAUCUCCUGCUGAUUGUUCAAAUUGCCGUUCUCCACAGAAGGUACACCACCUGCUUGCUAAUAGGCUUCUAGGCCACCAAGUCUGUGAGCAUCUAUAACACUGAAUUAGGAUCCAUGGUUUACAUCUGAAACAGUCCUCACAACUUAUCUCCCUCCUGUCCAUCUGCAUCCGUUGAAUCUUUGUUGAAUCCACCUCAAUCCUCAGCCUGUAAUGACACAAACAUACCCUUUUCCCCAGGUUAUCAACUGAUGAGGCCUUUUUCAUUGACUAGUAAUUUGACCAUAACUAAUGUAGGUUAUUUCUGAUUUAGCAUGGUUUUGGGUCAUACUUGCAAAGUAUUUCAUCACAUACAAUGCUUUUGAUAAUUGGUUUUGUGGUGUUUCCCCUACUUCCCCCUUUUUUUUUAUAAAAACAAACAAAGUUCAGAACCAGAUACAUACGUUGGAUCUUGACUACGUACUCAAAAUCACAAAUCAAAUGUAGAGGUUCCUCCUUAAAAAUCUCUGAGUAAUUUAAAGCUGUGCCAAGUUCUGCUAAUUGGGUUGAACCUUCAAUAAUUUUUACAGAAUGAUGCCAAUUGUUAUCUUCACGCCAAACCACAGACUGUGAACUUAUCGUACCAUAUAGCACAGACCUACCAAAAUUGCAACAUACUUAAACAGAUACCCACAAAGAAAACAGGUUAAUAAGGAAAGCAUUGUGCAGACUUCAGCAAGUUUACUGUGACCUGUGUGUUAUCAGUUAACUCUCUCUCAGCUUGUUGAAGUUCAAAUCUCCCCACCUGUAAAACUGUCUGAAACGAUUUAAUGAUUUCUUGUAGAGAUGUGCUUUGUCCUGCUCUUCUGGCCUGAAAAACAACAUUAAUUGCAACAAGAUUCUAUUCUCCGGACACUUUUCCCAAUCAUUUAACUUAUACAGCAGCCAACACUGAUUUCAGUAUUUAACAAGAUAUUCCUUCCUUAUAAUUCCGAGUGCUUUCCUAAGUUGUAAAACACCUCCCAAUACUGAUUUUUUAGGAACACAACUGAAAACAAUUAUUCCUGACCCCAUCUUGCAAGUAAAAACCUUGAGAAGGGGGAGGGGGGGGGGGAAGUGGGGGGGGGGGCUCAGGGAACAGCGUGAAUGGGAAAAGCGGGGAGAAGGCUUUACGGCGCACUUAAAAACAACUAGUAAAACAAUUAAGUCACAUUCCCGACAAGCUGCUUGAUUUUCAGAGAGGCAAUACACAGGAGCACAUAAUAUGUACUGUAAAACUUGCAAAUAACAUGUUGAUAGCAAACAUUAGCAUUCUCUACUGCUAAUCUCAACACUAGUGCUUCCUUAGCUUCUAAGUUGUCGACCUGCUUACUGACGGCCUCUUGAAGGUGGUCAGUAAAUUGUGUGUAAUUCUUAUUGGGACCCUGAUCAAUAGUUGCAAAUGAUUUGGCUGCUUUGUUGGUUUCAGACACCUCUCUCAUAGCUGGAUAUGCAAGAUCUGUUGACUGCCCCAGGAUUUCAGAAACUUCUUGUGUCUGUAGCUGUGGUGUGUCAAUUAGUGUCUCUUCCAGGAGUUGUGGGAUACCUGCCCCUUUCGAUGAAUCCUCUUUCCCAUCACGAUCAGCAUGACCGUGUUGCUGACUGUUGGAUUCACUCGCUAAUAGCUGAUCUGAUCUUUCACACAGUUCUUUUGCCCAGCUCCUAUCCGGCGACUGCUUCUCCUCCGGCGUAGGAGUUAGAGGGAUAGAAGGCGGUAAAGGCGGACAGGAAUCAGUAAAAGGACUGAUAUUAGACUUAUUUACGACUUUAGCAUUCUCAGCUUUCACCAGUUCUUUUGACAAAUUAUCUGACUCCAGUUCCUUGAACUGCUUAGUUUCUUCAGGGUCGUGUGAUGGUAUGGGGGCCCAUCUGCCAUCCGUCGCUAACCUUAUCCCAUAACAUCUGCCCUAUAUCGUCCCAAAGUUCAAUUUUUAAAGCUUUUUCAGCUUCUAUCGGGUAGCCGUUAGUUCUACACCAAACCAACAGUCUACGGAUGUUACUUUCUUCAUAUUUAAGUCCCCUCAUAGAGAGAAUAUGCAGAAGGAGUUUAACUAUGGCUUCUUCCUCAGAGGAUAUAUUUUGCCCCAUAACUUCACUCUUCCUUCCUCUCGCUCCCAGCCGCUCACCCUUUACGGUGACUUCUUAAAAAAAAUGCGGAACGUCCGUACGCCUCCGCCCGGUCUUCAGUCCAGGUGAUCCGCCUCCGGCUGGGCUGCUCCAGGCUUUUCUCCGACCUCGGUGGUACGCAGUUCAGAGUAUCACGUCGGGGUCACCUAAGGCUUUAGAUGCGGAAAGAGGUCAGAAAGGUUUUGACUCUACCGGAGCCCCUGUGGUUGCUUUCACAGAAAAACUGACUUUGGACAAACCAUCUAGGUUAGUUUCCAUAUAUGGGCCUGGAAGUGAGAUUAGAAGAAAAAGAAUGCUUUUAGAUUCAGGUGCAGAUGUGAUGAUUAUCCCUUGCACUGAUUGGCCUCCAUGUUGGCCUUUAGAAGCAGUAAACGCCAUGGUAGUGGGGAUUGGGGGGGGGCACUCCUACCCACAUCAGCACACAUAUGGUUAAGAUAAGAGAAGAGGUUGAGGGCUUAGAAGCAUGGGUAUGACCUUAUGUUCUGAACACGACAAUUGCAUUAUUAGGAAGAGAUGUGAUGUCUCAGUGGGGAAGAGUCCUGCAGUCGCCUUUUUGAUAAUGGCCAUUGCGGCGAGCGACACCCAGCCUUGUAUGAAGCUGAGUUGGGAAACAAACGAUCCUGUCUGGGUGGAUCAAUGGCCAUUACCAAAAGAAAAGCUCGUGCAUUUAGAGGAGUUGGUUGAAGAGCAUGAUCUAGUCCAACUCACCUGCUAAAGAAGUUUCACUUAAGACCAGAUCACACAGGAAUGCAUCCAGGUGGGUUUUCAGUGUCUCCAGAGAAGGAGACUCCACAACCUCUCUGGGCAGCCUAUUCCAGUGCUCUGUCACCCUCAAAGGAAAGAAGUUUCUCCUCAUAUUCAGAUGGAACCUCCUGUGCUUCAGUCUGUGCCCAUUGCCCCUCAUCCUAUCAUUGGGCACCACUGAAAGGAGUUUGGCCCCAUCCUCUUGACACCCACCCACCCUUGAGAUACUUACAAGCAUAAAUAUGGUCCCCUCUCAUCCUUCUCCAGGUUGAACAGACCCAGGUCUCUCAGUCUUUCCUCAUAAGAAAGGUGCUCCAGACCCCUACUCAUCAUCAUCAGUACUCCAGAUGCGGCCUCACCAGGGCAGAGUAGAGGGGGAGGAUAACCUCCCUUGACCUGCUGCUCACGCUCUUCCAACUGAAAUGAUUUUAUGAUUCUAAAAUGACCUCACACGUGACAUGAGGUGGUGGUGUGUACCAAAAUCUUCAACGCAUCCACCCCCCCUCCAGAGGACAUCAUGGGACUGAUUGACCUGUGGAGCGGUGAUAUUUUGCUCUCUCUCUCUCUCUGUCUCUCUGGUAUCUUAGUUUUCCUUUUCUCUUUUUCUUCUUCUUGACCGUAUAAGGGUAACAUCAUUUUAAGUUCUGCUACUAAAGUCUUGUUAUGUUUUGUGAUAUAAUAAUAUACGUUUGCCAAGUCACUAAUCAUUGUAAUUUGUAUUCCACGAAGUGCAUUUAGUAAAUUCAUAAUUGAAUUGGACCUCUCGAGUGAUUGUCUGUCAUUUACUUCGCAUUACCAUGCAGAAAUACCCAGAGUUAACUCACACCUGAUCUCACCUAGUGAGACAGGGUGCGCAUCACGCUCAGAGUUAACCCUAAUACUACCUGGUGGGACAGGACAGCAUUCAUCCACUCUGCACUUCCUGAGCUUACCUAUGAGGAUGUUGUGAGAGACAGUGUCAAAAGCCUUGCUGAAGUCAAGGUAGACAACAUUCACUGCUCUCCCUUCGUCUACCCAGACAGUCAUGCCAUCAUAGAAGGCUAUCAUGUUGGUCAAGCAUGCUUUCUCCUUGGUGAAUCCAUGCUGACUACUCCUGAUAACCUUCUUUUAUUCCACAUGCUUGGAGAUAAUGUCCAGAAUCAGUUGUUCUUUCACCUUUUCAGGAAUAGAGGUGAGGCUGACUGACCUAUAGAUUCCUGGGUCAUCCUUCUUGCCCUUUUUGAAGACCAGAGUGACAUUGGCUUUACUCCCGUCCUCAGGCACUUCUCCUGUUCUCCCUUACCUUUCAAAGAUGAUGGAGAGUGGCUUAGCAAUAAUAUCUGCCAGCUCUCUCAGCACUCGUGGGUGCAUCCCAUCAGGGCCCAUGGAUUUGUGAAUGUCCAGUUUGUGUAAACAAUCUCUAACCUGAUCCUCCUCAACCAAGGGAAAGUCUUCCUUUUUCCAGGCUUUGUCUCCUACCUCCACAGUCUGGGAUUCCUGAGGGCCAGUCUUAGCGGUAAAGAUGGAAGCAAAGAAAGCAUUCUGUAACUCUGCCUUCUCUGUAUCAUCUGUCACCAGGGCACCCACCUGAUUCAGCAGCGGACCUACAUUUUCCCUAACCGUCCUUUUGCUGUUGAUAUACUUGAAGAAGCCCUUCUUGUUGUCUUUGACAUCCCUGAACAGCUUUAAUUCCAAGUGGAGCUAAAUUCUUAAGGAAUUAAUUUUCCUUUGUUAACAAAAUCAAGCAAACAAAUUUUUUUCUGUGGAAAGAAUUGGCACAAUCCCCACUGGAUUCAGUGUGCUUUUAGGCAGACUAUUGGGGGGGUAGAUAAGUACAUAUUUUCAUUGUUGACCUAUAGCAAAUAUUUCAUCAUUUGGCCUGUAAAGGUUUGUAAUCCUCUUACAUGACAGCUUAUCUUUCUGGGUCUCAUCUGCCAUAACCCUAAUGAGUCCUGUUUGACUGUGUUCCCAUCACAUAUCUGGAGGUAGAAAAGGAUGACAUGGAGAAGGGAGAAUCAUGUUUUUCUGGCUCAGCUAGAAGAAGCAAAGGUCUUGGUCUCUUUUGUGAUAGAAUAUCAUAUUCUGUGACAAGCAAAUUGGUGAUUACACAAGGAAGUAUAAAUGACAUUUGAAAACUGAAAUAGAGAGACCAGCCAAGAAUUUAGCAGCUCAUAGUAUCCACUUCUGGGUUGUCUGUGUUAAGCAUAAGUCCCAAGCUGAACAAAUUCUGAUCUUAAUAGAGGAUUUUGAAGCUUCCAGUAUCUAGGGAAGAAAUUGGGCAGACAUUUUGAUUUUAGGGUCAAUCUAGAGACAGAAAUUAAUGAUAAAACACCCAUUUGUAGGUGGAUGCUGUGUUCUUUGAGGUUAAAGAGAACUGAAAACUUCUUUAAAGGAAAACUAAAAGGAGGGUAAUCAUUAUUUGAUUGCUGUAAUUAAACAUUAGCAAAUGGCUUAGUGAGGAUGUUGACAAAACCCACUGGAACAACUCUUUUCUGAGUUACUUUGUGCAGUCUGCAAAAGCAGAUUCAUCACAGUAUUACAACUAUGUUUCUGGUUAUUUCCAUCUUUCAAUAUUAUUAAUUUUGGCAAAUGCUGGCAUUCCAGCAUCCUAGGCUUUGCGAUUAUAAUCUAUGGAUAGAUAGGUCUGCAUGCAGCCUGGAAAGGAUGACAUUUGUGUUACCCAUAUUACUUAACCCUGUAGGCUUCUCUCUCCUUCAGCUAAGCUUUACUGUUUAUGCCUUGUACCUCUAUGAUUAGGGCACUGUGAAAUGCUGACACAUAACAAACAAGUGUAAUGUCAGCAUGUAAUGUGUGAGGGAGGCAAGGUAUAUGCAAAUUUAACUGACCAGAAGCUGUAGUCACAACCCACCACAUUAUUGAUCUAUUAAAGCAAUUUCAACUUCAGUUUCAUAUGGGAGCAAAUAAAUGAGUGUCCAAAGAACCAUUUGGACCUUGUUGAAGGGCUCUAUCUGAUAUGAAAACUUUGCCCUAUUGCUUAGAAUGGCAACGGUUCACUCUUUCAAAAGGCCUGACAUAUUUCUCAGCAUGAGAAUUCAAGAAGAUAGAUCCAACUGUACCAAAUCAGAUUAAAGGUAUGUCUUGUGCAGGAUCCUGGGAAGCCUAGGGAAAAGUAUAAGAAAAGGGAAAGCAUUUAAUGGUUCUUUCCCUAGACUCUUGCAAUCUGGAGUUCACAGUUAAUAGCCUUGAAUGGGUUUUUCUUCUGUGAGCUUGUCCGGUUUCAUUCAACUUCUGCAAACUUUUAGCAUCCUGUGGCAAGGAGUUUCACAGAUGAAUUCCAUGCUGUCUCAAGAGUAACCUCAUUUUUUUGUUUUGUUCUGAAUUUACCACUGUCCCGUCCCAACAGAUGGGAUGAGGGAUGAAUUAACUCUGAACGUGACAUGCGUCCUGACUCAACAGGUGAGACCAGGUGUGAGUUAACUCUGGGUUAAUUCUGUGCGGUUAUGUGAAAUGAAUGACAGACAAUCACUCCAGGGGUCCAAUUCAAUUAUGAGUUUUACUAAAAGGAUGUGUUGGAAUACCAGUUACAGCGAAUAGUGGCUUGGCAAAAGUAUUUUACGAUAUCACAGAACUUAUCAAUACAUUAACAGCAAGAGACCUUCUACGAGCAAAGUAUUGGCAACCAUUAAUAGCUUACCAAGAAUCCAACAGCAGAGCUCUUAUGGCUCCGCAGCAUGGAUGAUGAGACUUGUAUGAUGAUGUAUGGCCUCCAGUGUCCCACAGCGAGGAUGCUGCUGGGGUUUGUAGUUUGGGAGUGCAGCAUCCUCUGGUGUCUGGUCCAGUUCCCGUGGAGAGGCUGCUGGGCUGAAGGUCCUCAGGGUGGUGGGUUCCCUACCAGUGCUGUUUUAGGUGAGCUUUUUUAUAGCUCUCAGAGUAGAGGAAAGUCUGGGGGGAAGGGGUGACUGUGAAAGAUCGACAAGCCUCGACAAAUCCCAGGCGAUGUUGAAUGGUCUCAGCUUUUCCCCUUCGUGUGUCAAGCUGGGCAUAUCAGAAGAUGGAGAUACGUGCCCUCCGGCUUAUCCCCCACCUCCGGUGUUGGCCAGCUGGCCUGGGCUGUGGUUCAUUAGUUUGUUGUUGAUAUGUAAAUCGCAUUUCACCCUAUACUGAAUGUGUCAUCUCCUGUGGCUGGAUGAACUAGUUUUGCCACAAUGUUUUCAGCCAUGAUCCUUAUCAAUAAACAACAAACACCUAGUUUCAUUUGAUAUCCCUGAGAUUUUUUUCGUAGAAGAGAAUUAUCAUUUCCCAUUCACCAUCUCUGUGAUACUUGUGAUUUUUAUGAACCUGAUAUUCCCCAGGUCCAGACCUCCAAUCAGUUUUCUUGACUUAUUUGCACCUUUCCUAAUUUUUAUCUUUUUUGAGAUGCUGUCAGGGAGCAAUGAGUGCAGACUUCUCCCUAAGGAAAAGGGAUCUGGGAGUUCAGUGAUAACAAGGUAGGCAGAGGUGGUGGCCUUGCCAGUAAGGUGUCAAUUCUGUAGUACCUGAGUGAAAUGAGCAGGGUAGGCCUGAAAGUGGUAGCAAGGAUCAGCCAAGGAUCAACAAAGUCAGUGGUGACAAAGCAGGUCCAGGUCAAGCUGGGAAGUCUGUGAGUCAGGGUCUGGAUCAACCAUGGCCAGUGGCCAUGGCCAGUCCAUGGCCAGUCACAGGGAUAGCUGCGAUACAGAUGUAGCUCAGGGGGGAAGCAAGAACUAGAGCCUCAACUUAAAACUGGGGUGAUGGUGGUGUGUGUGUGUUAGUCCUGACUAAGGCCUCCCAGGAGAGCUGGCUGGGAGUGCUCUCUUCAAGGUCACAAAAAGAAAGUGGGCCAGCCCUUGUCUGCACUACCUCUAAGUUGGUACAAAGCCUGGACAGCCAAAUGUCUGGGGGAAGAUGCUCUCAGGGCCUCGACAGAUGCAGUGUAAUAAGUGAUGGUCAAAAUUGUUAAUGUUGAACAAAUCGAGUAGGAUUCAAUUGUAUUAUGCAUAUUGUUGUAAGCAGUAACUGCGCUUGUGCAAGUUUGAUUAUGUUUUGCAGAACCUUGUAGUAGUAGUUAAGCCAAUGCCUGGAUUGCCUGGAUGGUGCCACAGAUAACAGGACUCCCGGAUGGUGCCACAGAUAACAGAGCGCCCGGAUGGUGCAACAAAGUUCCAGAGACGGAAAUUCCCAGCGUGUGAACGAGCUUAUAACAUAUAUAAGCACACAUGAAAAGUUGAGUGGUGUGCCUGUUGGCGGAACUGAGCUUCCCCCGGUCACCCAGCGCUGUUUUGCCUAAUUACCGCUUGCUAAAUAAAAUCGAUUGAUUGGCUCAAAAUCGAUUUAUUGGCUCUUAUUUAUAACAAAUUUUGGUGCUGUGACUCGGAUUAAGGAUCUCUGGGAGGGACUCCUAAACUUCAGGGAGGCGCCCCGUCCCGUUUUCAGACGGCCCUGGAGUGGACGGAGGAUCGCCCUGAAACCUUAACCUCCGAACCCUAAAUUUAGGUAAUUAGGCAAAAGAACUGAACCCCGUAAACCUUUGUGCAUGAAGAACCGGACGAAGACCCCGGGGAGGGUGAGUAUAGAAAGCAAUUCCGUUCGGUUGGGGUGGGUAUCCUGGAGUGUGCAUGAACGAGACGCCCCCCCUGCUUGGGGAGGAAGCGAAGUGAGUGUGGACCCUGCCGUAAGGCAGGGCGGGACUCUCUAGUAGUGCGGUUCUCAUUGCCCGCGAGGGCGUGAGCCACGAACGAGGGGUGCGUGUGUGUGUGAAAGAAGACACUCCGGAAGAUGGGACAGAGGAAGAGCAAGCCUUCUGAUCCCAUGGGGAAGGGACCCAAGGAGAGGUUACCGGAUAUUCCCCGAGAUUCCCCAUUGGGCCUUAUGCUCAAGAAUUGGGAAGGUGCAGCUUGCACGCGAAACAAAGGUAGGGAAAAAAAUGGUUUAUUAUUGCAUGCAUGUCUGGGGAAACCAGCAGAUUAGACCAGAUCAUUUAUUUUGGCCAAUUUUUGGUUCAUUUGAAGAUUGGAUUUGUCAGGCCCUAAAUUUUUAUGUAAAUGAUAAGGAGCCCUUUGAUCCUGAGGAGAGCGAAUAUGCGCGUUGUUGGCUACCUCCUGCGACUCGCGCUGGGAUUUUUACCAUAGGCGAAAAAAAAUCUGGCCGCAAAAAGAGGGCUCCCGAGGAACGUCCACCCCCUCCCCCUCCCUAUGAUCCCCCGCCAGUAGCGAAUCCAAGGCCCUCCUCUCCCCCUAUGCCUUCGGCUUCUGAGGAGGAUUCCGAUUCUUCGGGGUCAGUUAGGGGAACCCGAAGACUCACGAGGAGUCAAGCUAGGCAGCAAACGACAUCAGGGGCAGGACAGCAAGCAUCAUCAGAAACAGGACUAUACCCAUUAUGAGAAAUAGCGAUGGGAGGUCCACAACCCGGGGUGGGAUUUGUGUCAGUGCCUCUAAAUUCGGGGGAUGUAAGAGAAUUUAAGAAGGAAAUGGGGAAUUUGUUAGAAGAUCCCUUAGGAGUUUCGGAAAGGGUAGAUCAGUUUUUAGGACCUAAUUUAUAUACCUGGGAUGAACUGCAAGCUAUUUUAGGGAUACUAUUUACCGCAGAAGAGCGGGAAAUGAUUCGGAGGGCUGGGAUGAGAGUUUGGGACCAGCAACACCAACAAGGGCCGGGUGCUGACAUUAAGUGGCCCCAGCAGCGCCCUAACUGGGAUAAUCAAAACCCGGAACACAGGGGCCAUAUGGGAGAUCUCCGCACUAUAAUCGUCCAAGGGAUUAAGGAAUCUGUCCCUCGAGGGCAGAACAUAAAUAAAGCCUUUAACGAACAACAAAAGAAAGAUGAGACUCCCACAGAAUGGUUAGAAAGACUAAGAAAGAGCUUGCAGCUUUAUUCCGGGAUAGACCCUAUGACACCGGUCGGGCAAUCUCUUUUAAAAACACAGUUUGUGGUGAAGUCAUGGCCGGAUAUUAGAAAGAAGUUAGAAAAGUUGGAAGAUUGGCAAGAGAAAGGGUUGGAUGAGUUGCUAAGGGAAGCACAGAAGGUUUAUGUGAGAAGGGAGGAAGAGACUCAGAAGAGGCAAGCUAAAAUUUUAGUAGUGGCAGUUCGAGAGGGACAGAGGACGGCUCCACAGAAGGGAGGGCCACCACACAUAGGUGGGAAUGGGCCACCUCAGGGAAGUCAAGUCGGACUGAAGGAUUUGAAGGAAAUCGAAUGUUUUUACUGUCAGAGGAAGGGACAUAUGCGAAGGAGCUGUAGGAAACGUAUACAGGAUGAGAAAAUGUAUUUUGCUGAGUAGGGGUGUCAGGGGCUCUAUUUGCUGGGGACUUCUAAAACAACAGAGCCCUUGAUAAAAUUGAAAUUAGGUCCCCAGCACCAGGAGAUGUAAUUCCUGGUAGAUUCAGGGGCAGAAAGAUCUACUGUCCAAACUGUACCCUGGGGAUGCACUCCAUCCUUGGAGAAAGUACAAGUAAUAGGAGCAAAAGGAGAACCCUUUUCUGUACCCAUAAUUAAAGGAGUAGAAGUAGAAUCCCCAUCCCGGAUAGGGGUAGGGUCCUUUUUAUUAGUAUCUGAAGCUGAAUAUAACCUAUUAGGAAGGGAUUUAAUCGUUGAAUUGGGAAUUAGUUUGGAGGUAAAAGAUCGAGAAUUGAAAGUAAAACUGUACGCUUUAACAACCGAAGACGAAGCUAAGAUCAAUCCUGAAGUAUGGUACACUCCCGAGUCGGUUGGAAAAUUAGAUAUUCCACCGAUUACAGUGACAAUAACGGAUCCAGAAGUACCGAUACGUGUUAAACAAUACCCUAUAUCACAGGAUGGGAGACGCAGGCUGCAACCAGUAAUUGAUCGAUUGUUACAACAAGGGUUACUAGAACCAUGUAUGUCGCCCCACAAUACCCCCAUCUUACCUGUAAAGAAAUCAGAUGGGUCCUAUCGUCUAGUACAAGACCUCCGUGAAGUAAAUAAAAGAACAGUAACUAGAUUUCCGGUAGUGGCCAACCCUUAUAACCUAUUAAGCCAAGUGUCCCCAGAAUUGACCUGGUAUAGUGUAAUAGACCUAAAGGAUGCCUUCUGGGCCUGUCCUUUGAGAAAAGAAUGUCGUGACUAUUUUGCCUUUGAGUGGGAGAACCCUGAUACCCAUCGGAAGCAACAACUUAGAUGGACGGUUCUUCCACAGGGAUUUACUGAAUCUCCAAACCUCUUUGGGCAGGCCCUGGAACAAGUCUUGGAGAAUUUUGAACUGGAACCUGGAGUAGUUUUAGUACAAUAUGUAGAUGACCUAUUAAUAGCUGGAAAAAGCCAAGAUAGUGUGCGAAGCACCAGCAUUAAGUUAUUAAAUUUCUUGAGUCUAAAGGGUUUAAAGGUAUCAAGAUCUAAACUGCAAUUUACUGAGGAAGAGGUAAAAUAUUUAGGGCACUGGUUGAGCAAAGGGACUAAGAGACUAGAUCCAGAUCGAGUAAAUGCUAUUUUAUCCCUCCAGCCUCCCAAGAAUAAAAGGCAGGUGCGACAACUUUUAGGUCUUUUCGGCUACUGUAGACAAUGGAUUGAAAAUUACAGUAACAAGGUUAAGUUCUUAUAUCAGAAGUUAAUGGGGGAAGGUCUGAUGAAAUGGAGUACAGAAGAUGAUAAACAAUUAGAAAACUUAAAAGCUGAUUUAGUAAAUGCCCCAGUACUGAGUCUGGUGGAUGCCCGAAGACCUUUUUACUUAUUUGUUAACACGGAGGGUGGAACGGCCUUUGGGGUCCUAAUGCAAGAAUGGGCAGGUAAAAAGAAACCCGUAGGAUAUUAUUCCAAAUUAUUAGAUCCAGUUAGUCGCGGUUGGCCUACCUGUUUACAGGCCAUAGUUGCUACUGCUCUCCUAGUUGAAGAAGAUGGAAAAAUAACUAUGGGAGGGGAAUUAAAGGUAUACACACCUCAUAAUAUACGAGGGGUAUUGCAGCAGAAAGCUGACAAAUGGAUUACGGAUGCUAGGUUAUUGAAAUAUGAAGGGAUCCUAUUGCACUCUCCUAAGUUAGAGCUUGAAACCACUAACUUGCAGAAUCCAGCCCAAUUUUUGUAUGGGGAACCGAGCGAAUCUCUUUCCCAUGAUUGUAUCAGGGUAAUAGAAUAUCAAGUCAAAAUAAGAGAGGAUUUAGAAGAAGAGGAGUUGCUAUGUGGAGAAAAACUGUUUGUAGAUGGAUCAUCGCGGGUAGUGGACGGAAAGAGGAAAUCAGGAUACGCCAUAAUAGAUGGAAAUAGCUGGACAACUAAGGAGUCAGGUCCCCUUAACUCAGGAUGGUCGGCGCAGGCUUGUGAGCUGUUCGCAGUAUUGAGGGCGUUACAGUUGUUAAAAGAUAAGAGAGGAACAAUAUUUACAGAUUCUAAAUAUGCAUUUGGGGUGGUUCACACGUUCGGAAAAAUUUGGGAAGAGAGGGGACUAAUGAAUUCUCAGGGUAAAGGAUUAAUACAUGAGACCUUAAUACAGCAAACUUUGGAGGCAUUAAGAGGGCCCAAACAAAUCGCGGUAGUUUAUGUAAAGGGCCAUCGGAAGGGAACCUCCACGCAAAUAAGAGGGAAUAAUUUAGCAGAUGAGGAAGCUAAGAAAGCUGCGUUACUGGUAAUAAAAGCAGUUGAACAGGACUCUGUACAAACUAGGUAUGCUAUGAGAUUUACAAAUCAGGAAAAGGAGAAAUUGGGGCAAAUGGGAGUCGAACAAGAGGGGAAGUGGUGGCUACCUGAUGAGAGGGAAAUGCUCCCGAAAGGAGUAGCUUGGCGAGUUUUAAGAGAAUUUCAUAGAAUUUCAUACUCCAUUGGGGAGUACAGGCCCUGGUAGAUCAGUUCGCUAAUAAAUAUAUGACCCUGGGAGUGUAUGAUUUAGCAAAAAGAAUCGUUGGAGAAUGUUUAACCUGUCAAAGGAUAAAUAAACAGUGUCUUAGGGAAAGAGUCCCUGGGGAGAGGCAACUGGCCAAGAAGCCAUUUGAAAGGAUUCAGGUAGACUUUACGGAAUUACCGAAGGUAGGCAGGUAUAAGUAUCUCCUAGUUUUGGUAGAUCACCUAACUCACUUUGUCGAAGCCUUUCCGGUAGUUCGGGCCACUGCGAGGACAGUAGUAAAAAUAUUAUUAGAGCAUAUCAUACCUAGAUAUGGGAUCAUGUCAGUUAUUGAUUCGGACAGAGGACCCCAUUUUACUUCCAAAAUAAUUAGAGAAACGUUAGAAGGUCUGGGAACCAAGUGGGAGUAUCACACUCCUUGGCACCCCCAGAGUUCAGGAAAAGUUGAAAGGAUGAACGGAGAAAUUAAAAAGCACCUGACCAAAUUAAUGUUAGAAACCAGAAUGAACUGGGUAAAGUGCCUCCCCUUAGCCCUCUUGAAUAUAAGGACACAACCGAGGGCCGAUACAGGACUUUCCUCCUUUGAAAUGUUAUAUGGAAUGCCCUAUGAUUUGGAGAAACCAAUCAAACACCCUAAAGUGGAAGAAAAGAUGUUACAAGAAUAUCUUAUAGAACUCAUGAGAAGGAGGCAAGAACUGUUAAAGCGAGGCCUGGUGGUUCAAAGACCACCUUUAGAUGUAGCAAUACAUAGUAUUAAGCAGGGAGAUCAAGUACUCGUAAAAACAUGGAAGGAAUCAUUGUUAACCCCUCGCUGGGAGGGACCUUUCCUUGUUUUACUCACCACAGAUACCGCAGUCCGCACCGCGGAAAGAGGAUGGACACACGCUAGUCGAGUAAAAGGUCCUAUCCUACAUACAGACUGGGAAGUCACCGGUGAACCGGAUGAGUUGAAGCUGACCUUAAAGAGGAAACAGACACGUGACGCAUAGCCCUGGAUAUUAGGCUUUUUAUGGACAAUUGUAUGGAAUUACACAAGUUGCACAUCGCAUGUCCUGUAUGUAAGCAAUGCAAUCUGUGGGUACGUCGCGUGUGUAACGGGUGCGAGAUACAGCAGUGAAAAAAAAAGUUUCCAUAUGUUGAACGAUGGUGUAAUGAGUGUUGGGGAAAAACCUUAGAUACCAUUGGGAUAUUAAUAAUCACCGAUAAGUCCAGAAAUUUGGGAAAUAACCAAGAGGAAGUGUUCCAAACUCUGUGAGGAUUCGGGACAGUGGCAAAACCCUUGUAUUUGAAAAUAGCCCUAUUGGGUUGAGUAUUGGAAAGUGGGUUGUGACAGAACAAGGAGAGAAUUCAGGAGGCAGUCCCCUGAAGACCACAACUGCUGCCAAGAAGAUAACUUACCCGGCUAUUCUGAAGCAACAGAGUAGGCCCAGGGCAAGGCAGAGGGGUAUCCUUGUGGGGAUUGUCAAGUGCCUCCGAAGACUUCUAAAAUAAAACAGCUCCGUUAAGCAGAACAACCCUCAACAAAAUGAACCUCCACUGGCUGAUUUUCAGCCAACCAGGGGCCGGGUCGCUCUCCCUAAUCCUCCUUAUCUUACCGGUAAUAAUAGCAAUAAACCAGGGGAGUUCCCACCAACCUUUUAAAUGGACUCUCUAUCGAUGGGAGGACCAAACGAUAAUACAACAACAGACCACAUCAGGGUCACCUUCUUUUACUACAACCUUAUGCCAAUUAGUUCAGAUUGAGCCAUGCCUUAACAAAAUAGGGUUUUAUAUGUGCCCCAGCACAGGGCCCUCGUAUUGUAAUACCCCAGGACACUAUUACUGCGCUUACUGGGGGUGUGAAACGAUUGCUUCAGACUGGCCAAUUCCUCCGGCAAAUACUGAUAAGUUCUUAAGGGUUGGAUGGGGACCUGCAGGGUGCACUCCUCCCUCGGGAGAAAUGAGUUCCCUACAAUUAGCUCCCCGCGGUUACACCCCACCCGACGGCAACUGUGAAUAUAUAUCCUGAACAUAGUGGAUGGUUUGUUGGAAAAACCUGGGGAAUGCGAUAUUAUCAACCGGGUGCUGAUAGAGGAGGCAUGUUUCUCAUAAAGAAAGAAGAAGUUAAACCGACCCCUCGAGCGAUAGGUCCCAAUCCAGUAGUAAAAUCCCCUCCCCCUCUAGGUAGGGAGACAAAGACAGUAGAGAAGGAGAAUAUAAUAGUAAUAGAGGAAACUGUCACUGAAGCCUUGAAAUCUCUGAAUAUUGAAGCCCCGGAAUCUUUGAAUCCUCUAUGGGGAAUUAUCCUGGCUGCUUAUCAAACCCUAAACUAUACUCAACCCAACUUAACCAUGGGUUGCUGGUUGUGUUAUAAUGUUAAUCCACCCUUUUAUGAAGCUAUAGGGGAUAAUCGUCGGUAUACCAUAAACAAGGAGUCUGUGCCUAUUCAAUGUCCUUGGGAAAAGCAGAAAAGAGGGAUAACUAUGCAACAUGUAACUGGGAUAGGGACUUGUAUAAGUAAAGUACCAAAUUCCAAGAGACCACUUUGUGGGAAUAUCAUACCGAGCCUUAAUAAAACCACAGGAUAUAUUAUUCCCCCGAAUGGAACAAAAUGGAUAUGUUCUAGGACGGGACUUACUCCAUGUGUGUCUUUAAAGGUGUUCAACAGUUCCCGAGAGUAUUGCAUGUUAGUUACCAUCAUCCCAAGGAUAUUGUAUCAUCAAGAAAAUGUAAUGUAUGAUAUUUGGGAUACAGGACUCCAUCGUACCAAACGGGAACCCAUUACAGCCAUUACUAUAGCCAUGUUGCUAGGGUUAGGGGUAGCCGGAGCAGGAACAGGGAUAGCUUCACUUGUUCAACAAAAUCAAGGAUUCAAUUCCUUGAAGACUGCGAUAGAUGAGGACCUAGAGAGAAUUGAAAACUCCAUAACCGCCUUAGAGAGAUCUCUAACCUCGCUAUCUGAAGUGGUGUUGCAAAACAGGAGAGGGAUGGAUCUCCUUUUCUUACAGCAAGGUGGACUAUGCGCAGCCUUGAAGGAAGAGUGUUGUUUUUAUGCAGAUCACACAGGGGUAGUCCGAGACUCGAUGGCAAAAUUAAGGGAGUGACUGGAACAGAGAAAAAGGGAAAGAGAAGCUGCAAAAGGGUGGUACGAGUCUUGGUUUAUUCAGUCCCCGUGGCUAACUACAUUGCUAUCCACAAUAGCUGGACCCUUGAUGAUAUUAUUACUCACCCUAACCUUUGGACCCUGUAUCCUAAAUCGACUUAUUGGACUAGUUAAAAACCGUGUAGAGCAGGUACACCUUAUGCUGAUACAGAAACAUGGAACUGAUGAAGAAGCUGAAAUGACCUUACUAGCCCGAAAAGCAGUAACUCGAUUUGAUCAACAAAUAAAUGAGUAAAAAAAAAAAAGGGGGAAUUGUAAUAAGUGAUGGUCAAAAUUGUUAAUGUUGAACAAAUCGAGUAGGAUUCAAUUGUAUUAUGCAGUAGUCAAGAUUGACUAUAUAGUGACAUAAUGAUGCUUUCGGUGUUCUUCUCUACAAUAAUUCCAAACAUGUAAUGCUUUUGUCUGCUACUGAACAUGGAGGUAAUUUCAUCAAAUCAUCUCUCAUCAUCCAAGAUCUCAUUCCUAAGUGGCUAUGAUUAGCUCAGAGCCCAUCAUUUUAUACAAUAAAUUGAUUGUGUUUUUCCCCUGUGUGCAUCACUUCACAGUUAUUUACACUGAAUUUCAUCUGCCUUUUUAUUGCCUAAUAACUCAAUGUGAUCACGUGCUUUUGCAGGACAUCACAGUCAGCUCUCAUGUUUGAUUAAGUUAGUAUUACCAAUGAACUCUAACCCCUCCCUACUUCUCUCCUGCCCUUUUCCAGUUCAUUUACAAAUGUUGAACAGUACAGGUCACUAAUACACCCCCCGCUUUGGAGAUCUCCUUCCACUGAGAAAACUGAGAAAUUAUUUCUAUUCUCUGAUUUCUGUUUUUUUAACCAUUUUUUUAAAUUUGUGUGACAAAUUUUUCCUCUUAUCCCAUGGCAGGUUAGUAAGAACCAGAUUCCUUUCUCUGCAUGCUCAUUUAGUCCUCCCAAGAACUCCAAUAGGCUUGUGUUUUUGUGGUGGAUUAACCUUGGCUGGCUUCCAGAUGCCCACCAAGCCACUCUAUCACUCCCCUUCCUCAGCAGGAUGGGAGAGAAAAUAAGAUGAAAAACUGGUGGACUGAGAUAAAGGAAAUUUAAUAAAGAAAAACAAAGGCUGUGUAGAAGCAAAAGAAAACAAAAAUAUUUAUUCUUUACUUCCCAACAGCAGGCAACGUCCAGUCUCUUCCUGGGAAGUAGGGCCUCAGUACGCAUAGCGGUUGCUUCAGAAGACAAAUGACUUAAUAAUUGUCCUGGUUUUGUGUCCUGGUUUUGUUAAAAACAAAUUUCUCUUUUAGUGAAUUUGCCUGUCAGCUAAAGCUUUCAUAUUAGCUGCAUUUUCCUGGAAAACCAGAUACAUGUUUUGGUAAAUAUAGCAAUGGAAUGUGAGGUUAUUGAUAAGCAUGGAUGCACCUCUCACAAGAGGGGCAACGAGAAACAGGUAACCAAGAAACUGACCAACGGAGUAUAACAUCCCAUUCAUGUGAAUACUUCAUUCAAAAGUGGGAGAUCACAAGGAUCUCGUCCCUUUUUCCUUAUGGCCGACAUUAGGAGAGUACCUUGCUAGUCGUCCCUGUGAACUGAGGCCUAGUGACAGACUGAAUCCAGCUCUGGUUGGCUGCAGAGUCCAAUCCAGGACUUCAGGUGCCAACUCUGCAGUUGCUGGGACUUUCAAGAUUGGUUUUGUAUAUUUUGUAUUAUUUUCUCUAUUCUCAUUAGUAGCAUUAGUAAAACAUUUUUAAUUUUUCCAACUCUCUUCUCUUUGUCCUUCUUUCCCUCCCAAUCACCUGUCCUUAGUGGGAAGGGGGGAAAGGGAGGGGUUGAAGGGGGAGAAGUGGGGGUUUUAUUGUCACCCUGGUUUUAUUGUCACCCCUCCACGGUUUUAUUGUCACCCUGCAAUCAAAACUAUGACAUUUUGUUAAAAACAAGUCCAGUUUCUCUUUUAGUGAAUUUUCCUUUCAACUAAGUUCUUCUAAGUAACUGCACUUUUCUGAGUUUGGGUGCAUGUUUUUGCAAACAGUAGCAACGGAAUGCAAGGUCGCUGAUAAAAAUGCACAUCUCAUAAGUGAGAGGGGCAUAUUUGCAAUGAGGGGCAAACAGAACAGGUGACUAAAAUUGACCUACUAAGUAUUCCAUCCCAUCCAUGUCAUAAACCCUAUAAAAGUGGGAGAUCACGAGGGUCUCGCUCCCUUUGACUAUGGCCAGCAUCUGAAGAGGACCUUGCCUGUCGUGCCUGCAAUCUGAGGCCUGGUUCUAGACCCUGCAUCCCCGAAUCCAGUUCCGGUUUGCUGUGGAGUCCAAUCCAGGACUUCCGGGUGCCUGCGCCGCAGCUGCCAGAGCAGCCAGCCCUGCGGGGAAAUGCUGAGCUGCCCCGGAAAUUCAAGAUUGGUUUCAUAUAUUUUGUAUUAUUUUCUCUAUUUUAUUAGUAGCAUUAGUAAAGAAAUUAGCCUGCUGGCAACUAAGUCAUUUUAUUUUAGGUGAGUGGACAUUGCUGUAAAAAAGCAUCAUAACCACCCCAAAUACUUAUUAAAUCUUAUUUCCAUAAAAUUUAUGCCAAAUUCUGAAGUGUAUAGCACCAUAUUUUUAGAAAUGUGUGCUCAGGGUGCUUUUCCCUCCUUCUCUGGACAAGGUAGUUCACUACAUAUCAUGCCAGUUCCCCCACCCUGUGUGGCGAAUGCACUCAACUCCCCCCCAGCCAAGCCAGCAGCAGUUUGGUAUGGACUCCAAAUGAGGUAAACACCUGGGAUGCAACCAGGCCAAGAACUCCUUUUAGGAAACCCACAAGGAAGCAGAACAACACACUCUUCACUGAUAAGCUGUGGAUGCAAGGAGUCUCAUGCAUACCUUUCUCACUAUAUGAAAUUUGACUAUGAGCCAACCACUUUAUUCCAUAAAUAUGACAUCCUGGGUGAGCCUACUUUGAGCUCUCUCCACUCAAGAAGUGUGGCUGUAUGGUGAUGAUCUUUUACUACUCACAGAUCACUAGAUGAGUCCAGUUUAGGUUUCAUAUCAAUCAUUUAGCUUAAGUAAAUGCGUAUUAAAUAGAAUGAAUCACUUAGAAUUAUAAGGUUGUGUGAUUUUUAAUAUACUCUCUGCUUCAUGUUACUUAGUAAGCUGAAUUUGCUGAAAUCUUAAGGUGUAUGUUGUAAAGUUAUGCUCAUAUUUACCAAACUUGCAUCUACUUAAUGAAAACAAAAGCGGCUACAGACUACUUUGGACACGUGAGAGAUAAGACCUGCUUUGCACUUUGCUGGGAAGAAAUAGAAUUCAUUCAGACAAAACAACACCUUCAAGGCUGACACGAAGUGGCUAUGGACUUUAAACAAUACCUACAGCUAAACAAAACAAAGGCCCAUCUGAGAUCAGUGAAAAGGAUCCAAUGAGAAGCAAGAAGACCGCAGAUUCAAAUAUUGCUUUUGGACUCAAUCAUGGUGUGAGGGGUGGGUAAAUAGUCUGUAAGGGAAUAAAAACCCAGGGAUUUCUAUGCUUGGCUGGGACCUCUGCCAAGGCACCCAGCUCGAGCCAACUCUGCUGCUGUACUACUCCAUUAAAUUAUUUAUUUCUGUGAACUUGGAUACCUGAGAGUUUGCUUUGAGAGACCUAGGUUCCAGACUUCAAAGUAACCUGACACCAGUCCUCUGGAGGGGAGAUAAGCAGGUUGAGAUGCAGAAUGAUGAAAUUACAAAAUCCUAGCAAAGCGAUAUAAAGAAUUGGGUGUACACAUAUAAUCCUUUGGGCAUAAAUACAUAUAAUCCUUUACCUGUUUUCCCUUACCUUCUGUUUCUCUUAGAUAUGAACCACUGAUCAAGUCUAGGGCUAAGUUUGGAUCUAGCUGCACCUAGACUUCUCUCUAAGAAGGAGUUUAGAAAGCCAAGGGGUCCAUUCUAAACCUUGGGACUCAACCCGAGGUCCUCCCUGUACCUUUUUGCAUCUUCUGUCCCCAUAAAAAUCGCUCUAAAACAAAUCUCACCUGAUUCUGCUUGGCAUUUUUCCUCUAUGCAGUAAGUAAUAGAGUGAACCUUGCCAUUGAACUCUGUUAAGUCACACUUUUCUUCAAGUGAUUUAAACACUGCUCUGCAUCAAGCAGGACCCUAAAUCACUCAUCCACGAUGCUGUCACAUUAUUUGUAUGAGGGGUUAUGCUUCCACCACCUUCCACCUUGCCUUUUAAGUCUGGAUCAAAUUCAAACUCAAUACAAACCAUGGCAUGGCUGCUUCUGGCAACUGCUGACCAUGCCAAGUGUGUGUGGGAAACUGCAGCGGGUCUGUGGAAUCCUUAACAGAAAAUAUGAGAAUAGAGAUCAGCCUUGAGAUAUUAAGAUUUAUCCUUGAGAAGGAUGGGAGUAAAGGAGUAUCCGGAGAGAGGAGAGAUGUACCCGUGAGAAAGAAGGGGAUAGAAGAAUAACAUGGAUGACAGAAAAAUUAACCAAUGAGAUGUUAGUGCUGUAACUUGUAGCCAAUAGUGAAAAAACACAUGAACUGGUAGAAUUGUAUAAAAAUGCACUUGUAGCAAUAAAUGGCAUCCAUUACUUUCAUCUUGAAAGAACUUGGUCCAUGUCGCUUGUCCGUCUCAACCACGACAUAUGGUGACCCCGACGUGAUCCUGCCUAAAGAGGAUCUCGCAUGACAAGGUGACUGCGUGAAGCUGUGAACAGCCGAAGAAGAGCUGUGGAGACAGAGCCUGGUACAGCUGAUAAGAGCAGCCGAGGAGAGCUGCCGAAGAUCCGGAUCGAUUGAAAAGACACCUCGCUAAGGAGGAGGUGAGCUACCGGGAACAGGGGGGUGAAACUUAUCUAAAGAAGAGGGUACUAUAUUAUCCACAUGGAAGCUGCUUCUGAAGAAGCAGGGUGUUAGCCUUCCGGAACUGACUUUAAGAAAAAUGUUACUAUGGGGCAAAGCACAAGGUUUAGAGGUUAAUCCUGUGACAGCAUUUAGUGUGUCACAAUGGAUGGACUUGGGAGAUAAACUCUUUGACAGUGCUACCCAAGGGUCCAAGGAAGCAACUGAACUGUUAACGAUGUGGCGCUUGUUAUCAGAUACUCUGAAAGAGUUAAAACAGCAACAGGCAGAGGCGGCGGAGGGGGAUGGUCUUCCUGGCUCUCCUGGGCCAGAUACAGAGAAAAAAGCAAGAUUAAGUACUACUCCGACCUCCGCUGUUACUAAAGAUUUGUCAAAACCGCCCAAGUCCGUAUUAUCUGACACGGAUAAGGAUCCGCGGCACUUAAUUGGAAAGUUAAAAGGAAUAAAGGAGGAGCGUACAUAUGUGUGGCCCCGAGAUCAGGUAAAAGCUAUGAAAGACUCACAUGAAAAAACAGCGUUGGGUUAUGUGCGAUCUCGGGAAGGGGCCCCUCGAAACACCGGUCGGAGCGGUGCGUUGGGCCGACCGCUCCGCUGUCAUCAAUCGCGGCUCAAACCUCUCCUCUACCAUCAUCAACUGCGGUUCCGCCGUCUGCGUCACCGCCAUUGAUCACAGUUCAACCCUCUGCCCCGCCGCUAUCAGUCGCGGAAGAAAAAAAAAAUGGACAUUUUUUUUUUCCUAUCCCCCCUUGCCUGGAGAUUUAGGUGGGGAGGACCCCGCCAUGGUGAGUCAGACCGAGCCAAAUAACAUAAUUCCUAUGGAUUUGGGUCCCCCCAACCUGCCCCCACCUCCCUCCCACACUGCUGAAAAGCGAAUUCCUGAGGGUGGGGGUAGAGUUUCAGAGCGUAAACCGAACUUACCAAAAAGCUGGGAUUUACCCCCAGUUUCGAUUACAGUUAAACCACGGGACCCUGUGCGUUUCUGGAAGAGACACUAAUUGACACACCACAACUACAGGCACGAUAACUUUCUGAAAUCCUGAGGCAGUCAACAGACCUUGCAUAUCAAGCUAUGAUAAAGGUGCCUGAAACCAACAAUGCAGCCAAAUCAUUUGCAGCUAUUAAUCAGGGUCCCAGUGAGAAUUACAUGCAAUUUACUGACCAUCUUCAAGAGGCUAUCAAUAAGCAGGUUGAAAACUUAGAAGCUAACGAAGCAUUGGUGUUGAAAUUAGCAGUAGAGAAUGCUAAUGUUUGCUAUCAACACGUUAUCUGCAAGUUUUACAGUACAUAUUAUGUGUUUCUGUGUAUUGCCUCUCUGAAAAUCAAGCAGCUUGUUAGGAAUGUGAGUUAAUUGUUUUACUAGUUGUUUUUAAGUGCGCCGUAAAACUCUCUCCCCAUUUUUCCCAAUCAUGCUGCAAGCAGCCUGUUUUCUACCCCUCCCUCCCCCUUCUCAAGGUUUUUACUUGCAAGAUGGGGUCAGGAAUAAUUGUUUUCAGUCGUGUUCCUAAAAAAUCAGUAUUAGGAGGUGUUUUAAAACUUAGGAAAGCACUCGGAAUUAUGAGGAAGGAAGAUCUUGUUAAAUAUUGAAAUCAGUGUUCGCUGCUGUUUACGUUAAAUGAUUGGGAAAAGUGUCCGGGGAAUAGAAUCUUGAAGUAUAACACCUUGUUGCAAUUAAUGUUGUUUUUAGGGCGAGAAGAGCAGGACAAAAUAAAUCUCUACAAGAGAUCAUUAGAUCAUUACAGACAGUUUUACAGCUGGAACGGUUUGAACGUCAACAAGCUGAGAGAGAGUUAACUGAUAACACACAGGUCACAGUAAACUUGCUGAAGUCUGCAAGAUGCUUUCCUCAUUAACCUGUUUUCUUUGUGGGUAUCGGUUUAAGCAUGUUGCAAUUUUGGUAGGUCUUUGUUAUAUGGUACGAUAAGUUCACAGUCUUAAGUUAUGAGAAUCCGUUGACUCAAAAUGUGCGUUUUAUGAUAAUACAGAAGAUCAUAAGUAAUUUAGUUCUUUACUGCGUGAAUGUGAUGGUAAAAUUUUGUGUGUAGUAUUAUUUUUGUUUCUUUUCUCUAGCAUGCUACCUUUAUUCCGGCAUUCAGACUUGCGCAACUCUGUGACAGGCUGUGUCUCAUCUCGGUGUGCUGAAUUUGUUUCUUCCGUAUGCAUACCAUGUACAGAAUCCUGGUUUUGGAAUAACAGCUGUAGCGCACCAGAUGAGACACUAAAAAAAAAAAAACAAAAAAAAAAAACAAAAAAAAAAAAAACAAACAAACAAAAAAAAAAAAAACAAAAAACAAAAAACAAAAAAAAAAAAAAAAAAAAAAACAAAAAAACAAAAAACAAAAAAGGCCUUGCCCAGUCCAGCUCGCUGCGGGGGCCGAUGGGGCUCCAGUGCGCACUGACUUUUUUUGUCAGGGAGACCCAGAGGUACCUCCACCUGGCUGAGCAGUAAGCGGCCCAAAGGUGUAAUGCAAAAAAUUGAGAUAUUGUCUUAAAUUGGUGUAACUGUGAUCCAUCUGCUUAUUUGAACUUGGUAUAUGGUUUUCCUAUCUGAGCUCAGUAUUUUAGUUUGCAUAUUCAUAUUUGGUACCAAAAGAAUCUUGUUUGGGGAGAUAAUUACAAAAUGUGAACCAGUUCCACUGCUAAAAUUCCACCUUGCUCCCCCUUAGGAUGCAUCCUUACACAUUAGAAUGAUUGCUUAUAUUGUUAGAAAAGCAUUUAAAUUGUUAAAAUGCUAUGAUAGAUGUGAAUUUGGAAGAGGUUGUAUUUAAAAAUUGCUAGAAUAUUAACUGAUUUGGAUCUAGGAAAAUAGACUAAUGGAUUUAUGUUUAUUAUACUGGUUUAUACUGUUUUUUGACAUCUCUAAAUUGUAAAAGGUAAAUGGAGCUAAGGAAUGUAACUAUUUCUGAGCUACUUGAAAUUGCAUAUAAAGUGUAGUUGGAAUGAAAUGGGAAAACAAAAUAGCAAAAUAUCCCAGGCCUAUGUGCAGCUCAUUGUAACUGAGAAGUUUCCCAAAGCCUCCUACUUCGUACCAGCCAGUAUGCCAGCUGUGUGACCUUGGUUAUAUCUACACUGCACAGAAUGAAAAAACAACUGGAAAAACCUGACUGCCUGCUUUUAAAGCAGUGAAAGGGGGGUUCUCUCUCCCCCCCACUGCAGCGAUGUAAUACUGAAUGGAACAGUCCGAGGGUGAAGUUUAAAGGCAUCCUUAGCAGACCCAUAGUUCUAAUGAAACUGGAAAAUUAAACCAAACAUUUGUUAAUAGACUUAUUCUGUGGUAAUUAGUUGUAAGUGAUUUCUUAGUAAAUUCACCAUGCUAGUUUUUGAGGUCAUGAGAGACAACGAAAGAAAGGCCGUUUUUUGAGACCAAUAGAAUACUCAAUUUGGAACAAAGUUUAAAUACAUGAAUUCUUAUAGUUGUUAGAAACUCCUAUACCUCUCCUAGGUUAAGAUUUGUUAAGUAAAUUGUAAGCUCAAAUAACAUUUUCUGAGAAUUCUGUUCAGUUGCAUGUCCUACAAGAAGCUGCUUGGAUGGCGCAGAUCUGCUUGCUGCAAGUGAGAAAUCUCCAAGGAAAUUUCAAAUGUUGUAUUUACACUAGUAUUAACAGCCAAUGUUUCGAUAAAGCAAAUACUACACUGAUUGAUCUGAAACAGGACUUCGAUCUGGUAAGGGAGAACAAUAUCCAAUAAAUACGACAGCCAAAAUGGAGUUGGAAACUUUGAGGAAUAAAUUUAUUAUAACCUUACAGGUUGACUGUAUUCGAUCGGACUUGCAGAUUUGUCUAUUUAUAGCUACAACAUAGAAACAACCUGUGGCUCUUUUGGAACAGUAUGAUGAGAUUGCUAGCAGACUGAUAUACUGCUUGUUACUCUGAUCAAGAAAAAGCAGGGAAUGAGUUUAAGUUUCAAUAGGCCAUGAUCCUUUUGUCAUAUAUAUACCAUUUCUGAAAUUUAAUUCUGAUUUUUUUAUUUUAUUUGUAAUCUAUGUCUUUGUAAAUUGCACUAGCUGGUUUUCUUAACAGCACAGCUUUUGGCAUGCAUAAAUGUAAAUUGCUGCAGAACCUGCAGGUCUUUAACAUCAGGCCAUAGGCCAUACUUGUAUUUGGUCUGAUCCUACAUACUUGCAAAGUUUUUGUCGAUGGUUCUGGGAAGUCUCAUAAAGCUGUAGUGGUCUGGCGUGAAGAUAACAAUUGGCAUCAUUCUGUAAAAAUUAUUGAAGGUUCAACCUAAUUAGCAGAACUUGGCACAGCUUUACAUUACUUAGAGCUUUUUAAGGAGGAACCUCUAAAUUUGAUUUGUGAUUCUGAGUACGUAGUCAAGGUCCAAUGCACGUAUCUGCUUCUGAACUGUGUUUUUUGUUUUGGUUUUGUUCUUUUUUAAAACAAAAAGGGGGGAGAAGUAGGGAAAACACCACAAAACCAAUUGUCAAAAGCAUUGUAUGUGAUGGAAUACUUUGCAAGUGUGAUGCAAAACCAUGCUAAAUCAGAAAGAACCUACAUUAAUUAUGGCCAGAUCACUAGUUAAUGGUCAAUGGAAAAGGCCACAUCAAUUGAUAACCUGGGGGAGAGGUUAUGCUUGUGUCUUUACAGAUCAAGGGCCACAAUGGUUGCUGGCACGAAACGUGAAACCUGUGUUAUCUUCCUGACAAUGAUUGUUGCAGCUGCUGUGUUUUGGAUGCCUGCACAGACAAAGACUAACAUGUGGAGUACUUUAGCCAACAUGACUGACCAGGACUCCAUAUGCCUAGCUACAGCAUCUCCGGAAAACCCGUUCCAUACAUGCUUGGUUGGCAUCCCCCUUGAUGACUACAGCAGCAUCACACAAUUGUUUCAAAAUAGUGGUCGGUGCAAAGGCAUUGCAUCAAACUGUAAUAAUACUAACAUGGCACCUUGGAUUAAUUGCCUCCUGGAAACAGACAUUGAACCACAGGAACUGGAAUUGCUGGCAUCUGUGCCCAUGGACACUUGUAUCAACCUGGUUUGUGAAAAAUGUCAGAACAACAUACGAGAACAUGAAUGGAUAAACUGCAAAAUAUUAAUGCUACCCUUGGUGACUAUAGAAAUGAAACUCGUUGGUGUAAUGCCUCGCAGAAGAAUCCAAGGGGUGUCAUUGAUAAUGUGGGAGAGCGACCCCAAAACCUCCUGUAUGGUGUAUUUUUGAUAUGUGGAGAUAGAGCCUGACCAGGAAUUCCUUCUAAUGCUGUUGAAGGACUGUGUAUUUUGGGACUAUUAACUCUCUUAACGCCCAAUGUAUCUAUGAUAAUAGAUCACAGAAGAGCAAGACGAGAAAAACAUUUUUUGCAUGUAUAUGAGUCAAAAUGUGAUGAUAAUGUAGAUUUUUGGGGAUCAAGGUUAAGGGUUUUAGGAUCUCUUGUAUCUGGUGUUGGCACAGCUAAAAUCUUUAAACAUUUUAGAAAAUUAGGAUGCUGGCUAGUUAAGCAAACUAACAGAACUUAAAAGGCUUUAAGUGGACUUUUUCUAGAUGUAGAUUCUGUAAGACGUGCCACAUGGCAGAGUAGGAUCGCGAUAGAUUUUUUGUUAUUAGCUCAAGGACAUGGGUGUGAAGAUUUUGAUGGGAUUUGUUAAAUAAAUUGCUUAGUGGUUGAGGGUUUUUAGGAUGGUUGUUAUCAGUAGUGAAAACAGGACUGAUCAUUUUGAUGAUUGUUGUGGUUGUGUUACUAAUGUUGCCAUGCAUGAUUUCUCUGCUGCAAAGGGCCCUGCAGUGGACAAUGAGGGCAGCAUUUUUAGCACAAAUAAAAAAGGGGGAAUUGUGGGAAACUGCAGCGGGUCUGUGGAAUCCUUGACAGAAAAUAUGAGAAUAGAGAUCAGCCUUGAGAUAUUAAGAUUUAUCCUUGAGAAGGAUUGGAGUAAAGGAGUAUCCGGAGAGAGGAGAGAUUUACCCGUGAGAAAGAAGGGGAUAGAAGAAUAACAUGGAUGAUAGAAAAAUUAACCAAUGAGAUGUUAGUGCUGUAACUUGUAACCAAUAGUGAAAAGACACAUGAACUGGUAGAAUUGUAUAAAAAUGCACUUGUAGCAAUAAAUGGCAUCCAUUACUUUCAUCUUGAAAGAACUUGGUCCAUGUCGCUUGUCUGUCUCAACCGCGACAAGUGUGUGAGCUGAUGCAGGCAGAUUGCAGAACAACCACAAAUGACAGAUGCAAUGCAAAGAGUAAAUUUAUUUUAAUUAGCUCAGUAACCAGAGGAUCUCCAAAAAAGCACCUGAGCAGAGGUCACACAAGCAGCGACACAGACACUGUGUGUAAACCAACACAGGCUCGUCGCAAGAAGCAACCAGAGGCCACGAAUUCAAUUGCAAAGAGGAAAUUUUAUUUUAGUUACCUCUCUACUGGGGGUUCUCCAAAGCAGCACCUAAGCUCCCAGGCAGAGGUGAUACAAGUGGGGAUGCACGUGCUGCAGAAUUCAGCCCUGGUAGAAGAUCGCUGGGCCUGCUGUGCUUGCCUGUAUUUCAAGGCUUCAAGCAGGCACAGCCUCGUGCUCUUUCUCACAAUAAAGCAGGAAUCUCAGCCAUAAUGAUAAGGUGCCUUAGAGUUUCUCACAGGCCUAUUUUAUCUAAAACAGAGGUUUUUCUUGCCAUUCUUGCGCAAUUCCCAUACACACUGUUUAGUUCAGUCCUUCUUUAGAAGAUCAACAAGCCUGCUGGUUUCGCCUGUAUAUUAGGGAUUCACACAGGUGCAGUUUACCACACUGCUUUGAUCUUUGCUUGCAGGAAUUUCAAGGAUGUUUGAUAAGGUGCCUUUAAGACUCUUCACAGGCCUGAUUAUCUAAAUCCAGAGGUUCUACUUGUGAAGCACACAAAGCUAAACAACAAUUAGUGUGAUUUAUGUGUUUUUCUACACCACAGCUGCAGUUACUUGAAUAUAUUUACAAUUCUCCUCACUGAUCUUCUGUUAUUCCCACACGGUCACCCUAAAAUACCCCUAUACUCCCAGUAAAGAAAAAUAGAUUAGAUUAAGAUGAAGACCCAGAAUAUCGCUUUGUACAAGAUUUAGAGGUGGUUAACCAGCACGUAGUGGUUCUUUACCCAGUUGUGCCUGAUCCCUCCACUGUAGUCUUACAAAUACCUCUUUGGGCAAAAUGUUUAAAUGUUUUACUGUAGUUAAUCUAACCACUGCUUUUUUUUAGUGUCCCACUAAGACAAAACAACUAGCUUUUGUUUGCUUUCACAUGGAAAGGGCAGCAGCUGACCUGGAUGUGUCUCCUACAAGGGUUUGCAGGGUGUCCUACUUUUUUUUUUUUUUUUUUUGUGAAUACUGGGAAAUUAUUUAAGAGAUCUAAAACUGCUGUGUGAAUCUGUUCUUGUGCAAUAUGUAGAUGAUUUGCUAGUAGUGAGUAAAGAUGAAAGAGCUUGUACAAUAGAUACUGUGCAUUUAUGUACUGCCUUAGUGGAGGAAGGGGAACAUGAGCUAUGUUAUGGAAAGACUGUAGUUUUUUCACAUCAUCAGGGAAAAAAGAGGCAAGUGGGGAAGAAAUACACAGUUUACCAGAAUCAGUCCAACUGCCAAAAUAAAUGGCUGUAAUGCACUGCACUGCUCAUACUAAAGACACUAUAGAAAUCAGUAAACAACUUAGCUGAUGCAGCUGCAAUGGCUGCAGCCAGACAACUACUGAGGCAGUGUAUGAUCGCAAUUUUGUUGGUGAACCAGAGUGAACCACCAAGCUUAACAGACACCAUAAUCAUAUAUGAGUGUCCUCGUUUUGUUAAAAAACAAGUUUCUCUUUUAGUGAAUUUGCCUGUCAGCUAAAGCCUUCAUAUUAGCUUCAUUUUCCUGGAGAACCAGAUACAUGUUUUGGUAAACAUAGCAAUGGAAUGCUAACUUAUUGAUAAGGAAAGAUUCACAUCUCGCGAGAGGGGCAACGAGAAACAGGUGACCAAGAAACUGACCUACUGUGUUGUCCUGGUUUUGCUAAAAAACAAGUUUCUCUUUCAGUGUAUUUUGCCUGUCAGCUAAAGCCUUCAUAUUAACUGCAUUUUCCUGGAGCACCAGACACAUGUUUUGGUAAACCUAUCAAUGGAAUGCAAACUUAAUGAUAAGCACAGAUGGACAUCUCGCAAGAGGGGCGAGGAGAAGAAAGAGACCAAGAAACUGACCAACUGGGUAUAACAUUCCAUUCACGUGAAUACUUCAUAUAUAAGUGGGAGAUCACGAGGAUCUCGUGUUCUUUUCCCUUUUCCCUUCUGCUUAUGGCCGACAUUAGGAGAGGACCUUGCUAGUCGUCCCUGCGAACUGAGGCCUAGUGAGAGACUGAAUCCAGCUCCUAUUGGCUGCAGGGUCUAAUCCAGGACUUUGGGUGCCGGCUCUGCAGUUGCUGAGACUUUCAAGAUUGGUUUUGUAUAUUUUGUAUUAUUUUCUCUAUUCUUAUUAGUAGCAUUAGUAAAACAUCUUUAAUUUUUUCCAA